AUGUCUUUAAAUUACAUCAAGAACUUCUAUGAAGGUUGUCUUAGGCCUCCAACUGUGAUUGGUCAAUUCCACACUCUCUUCUUUGGCUCUGUACGGAUGUUCUUCCUUGGUGUUUUGGGCUUUGCAGUUUAUGGGAACGAAGCCUUACACUUCAGCUGUGAACCCGACAAGAGGGAAGUGAAUCUAUUCUGUUACAAUCAAUUCAGACCCAUAACCCCACAGGUAUUCUGGGCUCUACAGCUAGUGACCGUACUGGUACCUGGAGCCAUUUUCCAUCUUUAUGCUGCAUGUAAAAACAUCGCUCAGGAAGAUAUCCUCCAAAGGCCUGCCUACACCGUUUUUUAUAUUCUCUCUGUUCUGUUAAGGAUCAUCCUUGAAGUUGUGGCUUUUUGGCUUCAGAGUCAACUCUUUGGUUUCCAAGUGAACCCACUCUACAGAUGUGAUGCAGGACCCCUUGAUAAAAAGUUUAAUAUUACCAGAUGCAUGGUACCAGAACACUUUGAAAAGACUAUCUUCCUUAUUGCAAUGUACACAUUUACGGUGAUUACCAUUAUGUUGUGUAUUGCGGAGAUUUUUGAGAUCUUAUGUAGAAGGUUGGGUUUCUUGAAGAGUCCGUAA